AGAGAGAGAGAGAGAGGAGAGAGAGCGUCGUUAUCAUCUCUCUUUUCCUUUUCAGUUAUUUCAGUCCACUUUUAUUAAACAAAUUAGCAGGAAGCGGAUUGAUUCUCUCUUCGAUCCAUCACUUGGAAUCCAAAGACGACGAUGAUGAUGAUGAUGAAAUCGUAAUUAGAUAUUCUUCUCUUUGGAUCCUCUACCUCAGAUGCGACUGCUGCUCUCACGCAUUCUUCGCUUCAGUAUCACUCUUUCAACUUCAUCUUCAUCCGUUUUCUACCGCAACUAAAAUAUCAUUAGCAUUCGGAUUCGAAUUCGGACUAAUGACUAAUAAGGUGAGUCCGUCAUUUGAAGAUCCAAUGCCAGCAACAGCAAUUGUGUCAUCCGUCUCUGCCGAUGCCAGUUUUGUUUCUGAUCAAUUUCCAAACUACAAAAUAGGACCUGAUAACCAGAUCCUAGAUGUAGAAAAGGUGGAUCAUUACGGUCCUUCACUUAAAGAAGUUGUCGAAAAAGAAACUUCACAACUGGUAGAACAGCACAAGCGUCUCUCAGUUCGCGAUCUCGCCACUAAAUUCGAUAAGAACUUAGCAUCUGCUGCCAAGUUAUCAGACGAGGCUAGAAUUAGAGUGUCUGCUUCUUUGGAUGGUCACGUCCUUCUGAAAAAACUGCGUGAUGCAUUGGAAUUCCUCAAGGGACGAUUGGCUGGACGAAACAAAGAAGAUGUUGAGAUUGCUAUUUCAAUGGUGGAGACUUUAGCUGUCAAGUUGACUCAGAAAGAAGGAGAAUUAAUUCAGGAGAAAUUUGAAGUGAAGAAGCUAGCCAACUUUCUUAAACAGACUUCAGAAGAUGCGAAGAAAUUGGUCAGUCAAGAGAGAUCAUUUGCAUGUGCAGAAAUCGAAAGCGCAAGAGCAGUGGUGCAAAGAAUCGGAGAAGCUCUCGACGAAGAAGAAAGAAAUUCCAAGACUUCAGGAAAACAGGAGGUUGAGGGAUUACUAGAAGAGGUUCAACAAGCUAGAAGGAUUAGACUGUUGCAUCAGCCGAGCAAGGUGUUGGAUAUGGAACACGAACUUCGAGAGCUGCGACUUCAGAUCCAAGAGAAAUCCACGAUUUCGAUUAAACUUCAGAAUCAACUGGAGUUUAGAAAAAGGGCUGAAGAAAACCAGUUCUGUAUAUACGAAUUAAAUGGUUUAGAAAGUGUAGGUUCAUUGCUACGAAUUGAACCGUGCUCUGAUGAAGCUGAAGAGCCGUCAAGAUGUUCAAUCCAGUGGUAUCGCCUGCCGACUGAAGGUAGCAGAAGGGAAAUUAUUUCGGGUGCGACGAAAACAGUUUAUGCUCCUGAGCCUUUUGAUGUGGGAAGAUUUCUUGAAGUUGAUAUAAUCUCAAAUGGACAGAAGUUUUAUGUAACAACUGUUGGAGCCAUUUCUCCAGCUCCAGAACUGGACAAUCAUGUGGAGAUUCUUUUACGAAAAUCUAAUACAGAAUUCAAUGUUGGUAUUUCCCAGAUGAACGGACGAAACUAUUCUUCAAAAUCUGUGCAUUUGUUUCAAGUAGGGAAGACUAGGAUGAAGCUUUCUAGAGGCUGGAUUACAAAGGCGAGGGAAUCAUAUUCGCCGUCGAUGAUGCAGCUAUUAUGUGGGUAUAGGGGCGGUGGUAAUUCAGCAGCGAAAUCGAUAUUUUGGCAACCGAGGAAGGGACAAUCGUUCAUAUUAGUGUUUGAAUCAGAACGAGAUAGAAAUGCCGCCAUUAUUCUGGCCAGGAGAUAUGCUCUCGACAGCAGCAACGUUAUGCUUGUUGGACCCGAGGAUCAAGCCUUCAUAUAAAUAAACAAACUGGAGAAGUGAUUUCAAUCUUCUUCUUAACCUAUUUUUGUGUGUGUGAGUUUUGGUUUUAUGUGUUUGAUUUCUGGAAGAAUGCCAUUGCCUUUUAGAUUCCUGGCUUCUUCUUUUUUUUUUUCUUUUUUUUUUGAACUAUUGUUUAGUUAUUUCAGUUGAUCUAAUUUUCACUUGUAAGAGGUUUGUUCAUGUGAUCUUGUUACAUCUAAUAUGGUUAUUUAUGGAAACUGAUUUUUUUAUCAUCUCACCA